AUGGUUGAUUUGACUACAGAUGCAGCAUUAGAUGAAGAUCCUUACAAAGGUGUUUCACCAGAUUACUUAGAUCAUGGUGACCAGUGUAUUACAUGUCAAGUAUGCAUGGCAAAGUUAUGGGAUGUAGAAACGGCGAGAGGUAGAACCAAUAAUGGGAAAACAAGUUAUUUUUUAUGUUGUGGUUAUGCCAAAGUAGAGCUACCCGAUUAUAAAGAUGCACAACCAAAUUAUCAGAAACUGUUUACAUCUUUGGAUAAUGAAAGCAAACAUUUUUUGAAAAACAUUCGCCGUUAUAAUUCUAUGUUCGCUUUCACAUCAAUGGGUGGUAAGGUCGAUCCGACUGUUAAUAGAGGUAAUGGCCCAUUUUGCUACAGGAUUAGCGGUGAAAACUAUCAUAGUAUUGGAAGUCUGUUGCCGGAGAAUGCCAAUAAACCAAAGUUUUGCCAGCUGUACAUAUACGAUACAGAGAACGAAGUUUCAAACCGAGAAUCGAUUUUUAGUCGAUCUAAGGAGUCACCUACAUCCUCUUCUGCUUCAGUUGAUCGUCAGUUGAUCCAACAUAUCAAGUCUGUGUUAGACUCCGAUAAUGUAUUGGUUAAAGUUUACAGGAUGGUUAGAGAUUGUUUUCAUGACGAUCCGCAGCUUACUCUUAAGGUACGUCUUAUUGGAAAAAGGGACAAGGAUGGUCGAAUGUAUAACUUACCAACAUGUGGCGAGGUUGCUGCUCUAAUUGUUGGAGAUGUUGAAAACGCAAUUGAGAACAGAGAUAUUGUUGUUGAAACUAAAUCGGGGACUCUUCAACGAAUAAGUGAAUUACAUCCUUCUUACCUUGCUCUUCAAUACCCAAUUCUCUUCCCAUGUGGAGAUGAUGGUUACAGAGUUGACAUCCCUCAUAGAGGUGUCAUAGAUGUAACCAACAAGAAGCGUCCAAAUUGUACGAUGAGAGAGUUCUUUUCGUAUCGUAUUCAAGAUAGAGUAAACCAAUUUUCGUUGAUUCUAAAUUCAAGGAGACUUUUCCAACAAUUUUUGGUUGAUGCUUAUACGAUGAUUGAGAGCGAGAGACUUAACUACAUACGUUUUCAACAAAAAAAUCUAAGAUCUGAUACCUAUGAAAGUCUCCGGAAAUUGAGAAAUAAUGGUCAGCAAGAUAUAUCUAAUGUUGGUACACCUCUUAUAUUGCCUUCUUCGUUUACCGGUGGAGCUAGAUAUAUGAUGCAAAACUAUUUAGAUGCGAUGGCUUUAUGUAAAUGGUUCGGUUAUCCUGAUUUUUUUAUAACCAUUACAUGCAAUCCCAAGUGGCCAGAGGUAAAACGGUUUCUUAAAGACAUUACUCUGAAUCCAGAAGAUAGGCCUGAUAUCCUAUCAAGGUUAUUUAAAGUCAAGCUGGAUGCAAUUUGUAAAGAUUUAAAGGAAUGUCAUAUGUUGGGAAAAGCAGUAGCAAUUAUUUAUACAAUUGAGUUUCAAAAACGUGGCUUGCCUCAUGCGCAUUUGUGCUUAUUCAUGGAACCAGAAGCUAAACUUCCCACUGUUGACCAAGUUGAUCCGUUCAUAUGUGCCGAAAUUCCAAACAGAGAUGAUGACCCAGAGUUGUAUACGCUUGUGAAGGAUUUUAUGAUUCAUGGACCGUGUGGUAAUGCUAAUAUGAACUGCUCAUGUAUGGUUGAUAAACAGUGUUCAAAAGGUUUUCCAAAAAGAUUUCAAGAUUCUACGACAAUUGACGCCAAUGGUUUCCCAUUAUACAGAAGGAGAGAUGAUGGAGCAACAGUUGUCAAAAACCGGAUCGAUUUAGAUAAUAGAAGUGUUGUACCAUACAACAAAAAGUUAUUGAAAAAGUAUCAGGCACAUAUAAACGUGGAGUGGUGCAACCAAGUUGGGUCAAUUAAGUAUUUGAUUAAGUAUAUCAACAAAGGUCCUGAUAGAGCAACAAUUGUUGUUUUGCAUAGUGAUAAUCAUAAUGAACAACAUGAAAAAGAUGAGAUUAAAGAGUAUUAUGACUGUCGGUAUAUCUCAGCAUGCGAGGCAUCAUGGAGGAUAUUUAGUUACGAUGCACAUUACAGAUAUCCUUCUGUUAUCAGGCUUCCAUUCCAUCUUCCAGGUCUCCAACCGGUUGUCUUUGGAGCAGAUGAAGACAUCAAUUCUGUUCUUAACAGGCCAUAUGUCAAGUGUUCUAUGUUUCUAUCUUGGAUGGAAAGGAACAAAGACCCUGAUGACCAUUUGGCGCGUACACUAACUUAUGUUCAGUUUCCAACUUGGUAUGUAUGGAAGAUUGAAAACCGUUGUUGGCAACCUCGGAAGAAAGGUAACUCAAUUGGCAGAAUUCAUAAUGUUGCUCCAUCUCUUGGAGAAGCUUAUUUUUUAAGAAUCUUGCUCAAUAAAGUAAAAGGACCUAAGUCAUAUGACGAUAUCAAAACUGUUAAUGGUCAUGUACAUGAUACAUUUCGAGAUGCGUGUUUCGCACUUGGUCUUUUAGAUGAUGACAAAGAGUACAUCGAAGCAAUUAAAGAAGCAAACGAAACAGCAACAGCUUCGUAUGUACGAAAUUUAUUUGGCAUGAUGCUAUUGUCCAAUACUAUGUCAAGACCGGAGAUCGUAUGGGAAAGCACGUGGAAAUACAUGACAGAUGAUUUCAUCUACAGAUAUAGUAAACUACAUCGUGUUCAAGGUUUAUCAAUUCCAGACGACGAACUUAAAAAUUACGCUUUGUUGGAAAUUGAAAAGUUUUUAGGUAUGAAUAGCUCAUCGCUACGGAACUUCUCAACAAUGCCUUUUCCAGAUUCUUUUUCGUUAUCUGAUCUCGACAAUCGUCUGAUUACCGAGGAGCGUACUUACGACGUAUUAGGUCUUGCAGAGGAAUAUGUUAAUCUGUUUAAUAUGUUAACUGAAGAACAAAGGUCGGUGUUUGAAGAGAUAAUGAAAUCUGUUGAUGGUAACACUGGAGGGAUGUUUUUUGUUUACGGAUAUGGUGGCACCGGGAAAACCUUUUUAUGGAAGACGUUGUCUGCCGCACUUCGAUCAAAAAGAGAAAUUGUAUUAAAUGUUGCUUCGAGUGGAAUUGCAUCGCUGUUAUUGACAGGCGGCAGGACUGCACAGUCAAGAUUUCGUAUUCCUUUGAAUCUUAAUGAGGAUUCGGUAUGUCAUAUAAAAGCAGAUAGUGAUGUCGCUAAAUUGUUGCAUCAGACCAAACUUAUUAUAUGGGAUGAAGCACCUAUGUCCAUAAACAUGCGUUUGAAGCCUUGGAUCGGACAAUGA